AUGAAAUAGAUUUCAGGUAAGAAAAUGAUAGAUAAUUUAGAUAUUUGUAAGGAGUUAAAGGUAAAAUAUUUAUUUAGGAUGUAUUCUAAACAAUAUUAGAUCAGUUUGUGCAUUACUAAUAAAUGUUUCAAUUCGGUUUUCUUUUAGGGAUAAUUAUCUUGGCUGAUAUGUCUUCCCUUUAGAUUAAUAAGUGUAGUUAAAUUUGAAGCAAAUUGAU